AUGGAAGGUAACAAUUCGCCUACCGGGGGUGAUCGGUCGCAUCCACAAUCAAUUGCGAUAAAUGGGCAGCAGCAAGAUCCAGCAGCUCAGAACCAUUUUCCACCGGCGGGUGUGCAUCAGCAGCAGUCAUCGAAUCCGAUUCUCCGUCCUCCGUUGCUUCCAUCAGGACAACCUCGUUUCUCGCCGAAUUCCCAUCAGCAGACCCAGCAGCAAAACGAGUUUGUUGGACAAUGUUUUCACUUUUUCCAGCAGCUCCAACAGCAGCAGCAAGUAUUCUUUCAAACAAUGCUGUCGUCGAUGAGCCAACAACCAACAUCGAAUCCGGAGCAAAUAUUAGACUCUCUCGCAAGCAACAUACAGGAGUUUCGAUAUGAGCCGGAUGUGAACGUCACUUUUGCUGGCUGGUAUGUUCGUUAUGAGGAUUUGUUUGCUAAGGAUGCAGUUCGUCUUGAUGACGAGGCGAAAGUGCGUUUACUCCUCCGUAAGAUAGGACCGAUGGAACACGAACGCUACACUAGCUACAUUCUUCCAAAGCUUCCAAAGGAUGUCAAUUUUGCGGAAACCGUAAGUAAGUUGAAGAGCUUGUAUGGUACAUCGGAAUCCGUACUGAGUAGGCGCUAUCGGUGCUUGCAAGUCGCUAAGCAUGCCACCGAAGAUUUCAAAACGUACGCAUGCAGAGUCAACAAACUGUGUGUCGAGUUUGAACUAGGCAAGUUAACCGAGGAGCAAUUUAAGUGCCUAGUGUUCGUGUGCGGACUAAAAGCGGAGAACGAUGCCGAGGUCCGAACUAGGUUGCUGAGCAGAAUCGAAGAGAGAGCGGAUGUCACCUUGGAGCAAAUAUCAGAUGAGUGCCAACGGCUCCUCAGCAUCAAACACGAUACAGCGAUGAUUGAGGCAGGACCAAAUUCAGCAGCUGUGCAGGCGCUCAAGAGUAAGCAAUAUGUUGGGAAGCGUGCAUUCCGAUAUGAGAGGCGUUCUCCAGUUUUUGGAUCUUCAUCCAGACCAAGCAGAAUAACCGGAACUGGACCUGGUUCGCCAUGUUGGAACUGCGGUUCCAUGCAUUACUCCAAGGAUUGUCCCUUCAAGAACCAUCAAUGCCGGGACUGUAAGCAAGUUGGUCACAAGGACGGAUACUGUACCAGCGCAAAGAAAGCAAAAAGCCCAGGUACUUCGAACAAAUGCAACCCAUCUAGGAGGAUGGAAACAAAAAGUGUUGUGGUGAAGAAUGUAAGGAAAAGAAGAAGAUUUGUGGAAGUGCUGGUAAACAACCGGAAGAUCAGUCUCCAGCUCGAUACGGCAUCGGACAUCAGUAUCAUUUCCGAGAAAACCUGGUGUCAGAUCGGUCGACCUACAUCAAGUCUAGUGACGAUCGAAGCUUCAACUGCAUUCGGAAAGCCGCUAAAAUUGGAGUUUCAGUGUACAUGCGAGAUUUCCAUCAACGGCGAGAAACGUCAGGCCCGCUUUUACGUGGUGAAACAACAUCUCAAUUUAAUUGGUUUGGAUCUCAUCGAUCAAUUCAACUUCUGGUCGAUGCCGAUGGACCGCUUCUGCAAUCAUAUCAACAGUUCGUCUACAGUGAUCAGCACCCUCAAGCAGGCCUUCCCGACAGUUUUCAACGAUGCUCCGGGAGUGUGUACUAAGGCAAAGGUGCACCUCACAUUGAAGGAAGGAGCAAAGCCUGUGUUCCGACCGAAGAGACCAGUAGCGUAUGCGAUGUACAAGACUGUCGAUGAAGAGUUGGACCGUUUGGAAAAUGCUGGAAUCAUAACACCGGUUGAGUACUCGGAGUGGGCAGCUCCGAUUGUCGUCGUGAGAAAAGCAAGCGGAGCAGUGAGGAUUUGCGGUGAUUAUUCAACAGUUAAACGACGCACUACAGCCGCACCAAUAUCCUCUCCCGCUGCCAAACUAGCAAAUUGUAAGGUAUUUAGUCAAAUCGAUCUCUCUGACGCAUUUCUACAGGUUGAGGUGCAUGAGGAAUCCCGAGAAAUGCUCACUAUCAAUACGCAUAAGGGGCUCUACAGAUACAACCGACUUCCGCCGGGAGUUAAAGCAGCGCCUGGCGCUUUUCAGCAGCUAGUGGACACCAUGCUAGCGGGAUUGGAGGCCACGUCAGGCUAUCUCGACGAUGUCUUAAUUGGUGGUGUAGACCAAGAGGAUCACCACCGAAAUCUUGUGAAAGUUCUCCGUCGACUACAAGAAUAUGGAUUCACCAUCAAAGCGGAGAAGUGUUCGUUUGGCCAGCAGCAAAUCAAAUACGUUGGUCACCUUAUCGAUAAACAUGGCAUACGUCCGGAUCCGGCUAAAAUAAAAGCGAUCCGUGACAUGCCAGCUCCGACGGACGUUUCAGGAGUGCGUUCUUUCCUAGGGGCAAUUAAUUAUUAUGGCAAGUUUGUCCCUAGCAUGCGAACUCUUAGGUAUCCACCCGAUGAGCUGCUCAAGAAUGGAAAGAAGUUCGUCUGGUCGUCCGAUUGUCAACAAGCCUUCGAGAACUUCAAAAAUAUUUUGUCAUCCGAUUUGCUACUUACGCACUAUAAUCCGGCACUCGAAAUCAUCGUUUCGGCGGAUGCAUCUUCCAUCGGAGUCGGUUCCACGAUAAGCCACAAAUUUCCGGACGGAUCUAUCAAAGUUGUCCAGCAUGCAUCCAGAGCAUUAACAUCAGCUGAGCAAGCAUACAGCCAACCAGAUCGCGAAGGACUUGCGAUAAUAUUCGCCGUAACCAAAUUCCAUAAAAUGGUUUUCGGUCGAAAAUUUACGUUGCAGACGGAUCACGCUCCGUUACUUCGGAUCUUCGGAUCGAAAAAAGGAAUUCCCGUCUACACAGCUAAUCGAUUACAACGCUGGGCGUUACAGUUACUGAUGUAUGACUUCAAGAUCGUCUACGUCAACACAGAUAAAUUCGGAAAUGCAGAUGUAUUGUCGCGGCUGAUUGAGCACCAUGUUAAGCCGGAAGAGGACUUUGUGGUGGCUAGCGUUGUGCUGGAAAAGGACGUCAUGGCUCUAGCAACAAGUUCAAUCGACGCGCUCCCACUAAGCUUCAAGAUGAUUCAACAUGCAACACAUUACGAUCCAGAUCUCGGAAGAAGGUUGGCCCCAAUCAAAAUCCACUAUCACACGCCGAGAGAUCAAAUGCUUCUAUGA